AUGAGAUUCUGUAAACCAGUUUUCAGGCUUCUUGCCGGCCACUACGUCUCAACGCUCUAUCUAUUCACAAAACUCUUCUAUACGCUCAACAUUGUUGUCCAAUUUAUGAUUCUAAAUGCGUGCCUCAAAUCCGACGAGUAUCUAUUUUUUGGAUUCCAGGUCCUACAAGAUCUAAUGAAUGGUAAACCGUGGACAGAAUCCGGUCAUUUUCCUCGUGUCACCUUAUGCGACUUUGAAGUGAGAUAUCUGGCAAAUCUCAAUAGGUAUACUGUCCAAUGUGCACUGCUCAUAAACAUUAUCAACGAGAAAGUAUUUGCUUUUCUAUGGUGCUGGUAUCUGCUGUUGGUCAUCAUUACAACCAUUUCGACACUGUGCUGGAUGAUAAACAGUCUUGUGCCGUCCGAAAAAAUCGACUACGUGCUCAAAUUCAUGCAAAUAGCGCAGUCAAGUGACAUGAAGAAACGACUUAAAUUCUUUAAGGGAAAUCCUGUUGAACGUCGUAUAACUUUCAGUGAUUCCCUGCACCGCAUCUGCUUGAUUCGAUUUCGUUAUUCAGUUUCUCAGUCGAAUGGGUAG